CUUCAGAGAAAAUUCAUGAUAAAACCGUGUAAAGAUUCAGAGUUCUACAUAGCGCCGCGGAAUAUACACAUACACGAAAAGCAUGUCGGCAUAUUUUUAGUGAAAAUGUAAAAUAUUAUAUUGGAUAUAUUUUGUUGUAUAAAUAGUAUAUUUUUGUUAAAGGAUUUGUAACAAGUGGAUAAAAUGUAUUAAUGCGAAAGUAUGGAUGUAAUAUGUAAAUUUAAAUAUUUUACCUGUUUAAUAUAAUGAUAUAACGUAAGCUAAUGGAAAUUGGAAUGUGACAACUGUCGGAUGUUAAUAUUCAACAUUUUAUGUAUACAGAAAAACGUGAUUUUGAUGUUGAUUUUGUCGGAUAUCGGUUUUAACAUAAGUUAAAGUUGGGAUAUUUUGCUCAGGAUUUUCAACCGGCAAAUGACACGAAAACUACAAUAAAACGGAGAAUAUAGGACAAAAUCUGUGUGACUGAAGCGUUUAUAUACGUGUUACCUGCUGAGCCCUCAACACAUGUUGCAGUAGACAGUAAUCUCGUCUUUGGACAAGCCAUUAAGACCACCCAACGGGUUUAUGUACAUCUGACUAAGAAAAGGGACCAUUUAAAUGCGUAAUCACAAGUGAAUAUGGGGAAGAAUUGGCGUAGACGGAAUAGAUUGAAAGUCUGAUAAAUUACUAUGGCACACCAUUUGGAAGGUCGAGUGGACUUGACAGCCAUUGAAAGAUCUAGACUUCUAGGAUCUUUGUCAGCAGGAUCGCUUGGACAACUUGGUUCAGUGACAUUUUCAGCAGCAGACUCAAGUUUGAGCCAGCUGUCAGCAUCAGGGUCUGACCUUCCAAGAUCGGCAUCGCCUUCUUCGCUGCAACAGUAUGCCGGUAGAUUUUUACCGUCUACUGGUCUUCCACCAACAGGUACCAAUUACGCUAUGAUGGCAAGUUACCUCGCGAGUACAGGACAUGUACCGGAUGCUCUCAAACAUCUGAUACCGGAUAUGCAGCAAUAUUGGUCUGCAGCACAUCAGGAUAGCUACGCACGAUAUUUACUAGGCAACAUGUAUUACCCUUACUUACCAUAUUUACCGGCUACGGAGUCCUUGGCCCUAUUUGCUCAAAACUCGAACGUGGCUCAGAUGGAAGCUGCAAUACAGGCACAAGCAGUCCAGCAUAGAAUCUACGACCUACAGAAAGAAGCUCUCUUUGGUCAAAGUUCAUAUUCACAUGGUCUAUAUCCACACUCGCAUUUAUAUUCACCAAGUGGGCAACUAGAAGCUACAAAUCUAUCAUUACCAAGUGCGAGCCGAGAACGACAAACAGAACGGCCAAAAGAGGUCGAAUCCGGAAGGCAUAAUAUAAAAAAAGAAUUAGACAAAAGUACUGAAAAAGAAAAAGUUGAAACUGAUGGUUCUAGACUUUCAGGUGACCAGUCCUCUGAUAAAGGCAAACAAAUUGAUGGAAGUGAAAGAACACGUGGUAGGUUAAUGAAAACUGACGAUAGAGAUAAAAUAAAAAGUAGUGCAAAAUUUACAAGAACUCAUGGUAUUGAGUCAGAUAGCAAGAAAGCAAGUGAUACGUGUUUACCAGAAAACCUUUCCAAAAAGAAACCAUUGGAGAAGAAAGCGGUUGAUAGUUCUGAAGUUAUCAUACUAGAUUCUCCAAAAUCUGUUGCAGGCACUGAAUGUAGUGAAAACGGAAAAGACUCCAGUAAACAUAAUUCAAAUGGAAACAUAAACAACCGUGAAAAUGGUCAUGAAACACCUAAACAUAGUCCUGUUGAAAUAAAGUCUCACAGCCCAUCAAGGCACAAGCGUGUUACUAGUCCCGAAAGUUGCUUGAAAAGUUCGGUAAGUCCUGACAGAAGAAAACGUAUGGUAAGCCCUAUCGGCAAGAAAAAAGAAGUAUGUAUAGAAGACCAGGAUAUGCCAGAAAACCUAUGUAUCAAAGACAGAGAUAAAUCGAAAGACGCAAAACAGGUUUCUGAAUCGGAACUUGUGAAGACGCAGUCAAUUAUCACCACUUCAACUGUGAAUGUGAAAUCCCCUUUGGAUAUUAUUACCACUGAUGUAAGCAGCAACGGUCAAGCCAAAGCUUCAAGUUUAUCUCCAUCACAAACGAGCCCCUCCUUGUCAAAACAGACCACAGUCACCACGUACUCUCUUCCAUAUUAUCAUAAUCUCUAUGCUCGUUCACAGUCACAGGAUGGAAAGCGUGUUCACGCCACUACAUAUGUGCCGGAAAUAGGGACUGUUUCUAGCCCUAUAGCUGGCGCACCAUCAGUGAUAAAUGUUGUUGACACAAAAAACAAACUCAGAGAUAAAAUCCAAACAGAGGGAAAUCUGCCGAGUGCAUGUGAUAAUAAAUCCUCUACACCGUCGAUUUCAACAAAGACAGAGAAUUCCAAACAGAAGAAUAAGGACUUCAGUCAAAAUUUGUAUAUUGAAACGAAUGAACAGGGUAGAGACGACCCUAGGCGUGAUUCAAAAGGUUCUUACGACUGCAAUAACCGCAUUUGUGUUCAAUCGGAUGUGAAGUCAGCAAAUGAGAGUCUUGUGUCUCCGUCUGGAACUGACUUCAGAUGUUCAGACUUAGAUAAAACAAUUGACCUUUCCAUGAAGAAAAGCAAUAGCUCAAGUGCAGAUAGUAAAGGAAAUAAGGAAUCUGUAAAAUCGCCUGUGAUGCGUAAACGCGAACCACUUCAUUCCCCAAAGACAAAUGAAACUGAAAAAGUGAAAGCCCAUGAUUUGAGAAAGUUUCAUGACAAAGCCCAUGACUUGAGAAAGUUUCAUGAGAAACCCAAAGAUAUUCACGGUGAUGAUGUUAAAAAGAGUUCUGAGAAGCGAAAAUCUUGUGAUUUGAAUCAUAAUUCAAAGGAUCAAGCUGAAAUGGAAGUCUCAAAGAAACUUAAGAGGAGCGUGCCUUCCGCUUGUGUAAAUGCUCACGAGAAUGUAAUUACAUUGACUGAUAUUGAUAAGUCGAGCGAGAAAUCAAAGGGAAUGGACACUGAUUCGAAUAAGAGUAAGAGCGAUAGUACGAUGACACAGCAUGUUAGGGAAAACAAACAAAGUUCAAAUGUAAUGUCAAACAGUCACAAAAAUACAGUCAGACCUUUAACUGGUUUAAAGGAUUCGGCUGAAAAUGACAAAAAGAAUACAAAACAGGUACAGAACAAUGCAGUUGAAUCUCCAAAAGCCAAGAAUACACCACUUAAACAAACAGACGGAAGUAGUCAGCCUACAGGCAUACCCGUCGGUAUAGCUGUGGCAAGACAAAGAAAUAUCGCACCAAAGCUAUGUACCGCUGAAAAUGAUACUAAAAAGAAUUCGGAAGAUACCAAAAAGCAACACCCUGUAGCGGAUGUAAAACCUAUAAGACCGCUAAAAGUAAUCAGACCUUCUACAAAGGGUUGUGGCCAAACUGUGUCUGACAAAAGGAAUGAAUUGCCGGCAAAUUUAAUAGUUACAGGUGGAGCGACACCUCCAGGAGUGUUUUGGCCAGAUGAUCCCGCUUCACGACAGCUUGCGGCCCAAUUCUUGCAAACAGGACACCCUCUGACACCCACAAGCUGGUACGGAACUGGAGCUUUUCCAUAUCCACAAAAUGUCACCACAGCAAGUUCCACAGCAACACAAGCUAGUCAGAUGCCAUUUACAGUGCCGGCGGGAUACAAGCUGGCACAGGACUCUGUCACUGGACAGAUACUUCUUCUUCCGACAGGUUCAGACGUUUUUGAUAGCAGUCGACUUUUUAGUGGUUUGCCUGUUGGAAGUCAGAUAACGAGCGGGGCAGGAUAUGGUCACCCUGUUUUACCUGGCCAGUCUGCUCCGGCCACAUUACCAGCGACUGCGUCACUGUUUCCAGGGCAACAACCGGACAGACCUUCCAGCCUUGAAAUAGGCUUGCCUACCUACGCUCCAGUGUUCACUGGAAAUGUGCUCGCGACUCCAGAAGUGACCAUCAAGGAAGACAAGCUAUUGUCAUCUACUCCUUCUAACUCAGCCAACGUAAUUACGCCGUCAAUUUUACUGACUGCCGGACAUGACAACGCACCUGUUCCAGCGAACAAGGACAAUACUAACGAGAAGUCCAAGAUAAUUGAUCUGUCUCAGACCAAGACUGAUUCAGAUGUUGCCGUAGUAACAGGACAGCCGUACACAUUUUCAUCUCCAACAGUUCCAAUUGUUCCUAAUCAGACUUUGUUAACUACACCAAAUGUUCCGAACCAGUGCCCGGAAGUGACUCAGCUUAAACAAGAUCAUACUUCCGUUCAGUCACGCGGAACAUCUCCCAUGUUACCAGCUUCCGAUUCUUGUCCCGAAGAUAUAGAAGAAAACAAAUCUGAUGAUAAUGGUGAAGAAAUCUUAGAAGUAUGCGAUAUUGUAGAAAACAAAAUUGAGAGUGCUAACCUCAAGAACGAUUCGGUCGAUGUACAUUGUAGUGAUAGAACAACAGAAAUUGAAAUUAAGAAAGAAAAUACGGAUUUAAAAGAUGAUUUAAAAAUGGGAAUGUGUUCAGAUUCAACGGUUUUAGGCUCUUCAGAACAAAGAGAUGCUGAAAUCGUUGAUAAGCAGCAUAACAGUAAAAACGAAAAAGUAAAAUGUGAAAAAGUUGCAGAAAAUAACGAAAGUAAAACGGAUUUAAAUGAUCAUGCCAAAUCUCCGAGAGCGAGUAGAAAUAUAUUCACUGAUCUAACAGAAUACAACCCAUUUAUGGAUCCCCAAGUGCUUCAAGCUGCGGAUGGGCUUGAGCUCCUAAGUGCUCUUGCUGAAAAAAGUGCAAUGCGUAUAAAUGACAAAUCUGUGUCAAAAGUAAAUGCAACAGAAGAAACAGCUGUUAGUAAAACUGGAGUUGUUGAUACUGAAACAAAUGUUAAAACUGAUAUUAAAGAUGUCGAAAAGAUUGACAUUAAAAAGAAAAGUACAGAAGAUCUUGAGAAACGAAAACAUAAAGAUGUUAAGACUGAGACGAAGCAAGUGACUGCAAAACCACGCAUAAAAUGCGGGUUUGCUUUUAAGCCCAAAAAAGAAAAGAAAAAGCCAGCAAUAGAUGUUACCAAAAAAGUGACAACAUUUUGUGGCAUAUCUGUACCAGAAGAAACAGACCUUGAUUCUUUUCUCGAAAUAGAUGACGAGGUCAUUGAUUCCAUUGAGAUGGAGAUGAAGAUGAGGUUGGCGGAGCUUCAGAAAAGAUACAAGGAAAAACAGAAGCAGCUAGCAAAGUUGACACCGAAGAAGCCAAAAGAACUGGAAAACAAAACAAAAGAUGAAAACAAACAGAGGAUAAGCAGUGACACUACAAGAGGUCCUGGAAGACCAAAAAAGAAAUUAAAAGACGUGAAUACAGAAAGCACAAGUGAGAAGACUUCAAAAUCGAAAGUUAGUGAGCAUAAUAGCAAAACAUCGCCAACUUCCUCAUCCGGUGGUAGCUCGUCGGGACAACACGGUCCAGCAAAGAAGAAAAAACUUGCUGAAAUGCUCGUCGACAGAGUGUUCCGGAAAACCGGAAGCUCAUUCAAGAUACCAUUAAGCAAGAAGAUAAAUCUGAUAGCCCCAGCAAGGAUCGAGUUUCCCGGGGGAUCAGCGCCGACCGAAAGAAAUGAACAUGCUCGUCAUAACAAGGCGAUGGAUUUUGGAAAACUGAUAAAGCGCUCGCGACUUUCACAGAUCAAUGGGAAAGAAACAGGCUUCGUUGGUGGUUUAUGGCAAAGGAAAUAUGGCGGCGACAGGAAACAUUCCUUGCAUAAAGAAAUAAAAUUGAAGAAAAGGAAAAAAGAACAUGCAAAAGAGUACUCGGCUAAAAGUGGUCUUAAUUUACUGGCUGAAUAUGCCGCUAAAUCCUCAGCAGACGUACAGAAAAAGAAGAGAAAGUUGGAGGAAACUAAUGGAUCAGUCAAUAUGUCGCCAGAGUCACCAAACAAAAAGCGGAAACCAGGCAGGCCGAAGAAAUGUGACGUAGUUCGCCCGGGAGUCACAGAGACGAUUGUUGCUAAGCAAUCCAAACACAUGGACUUCUUCCGCUGGCAAGCAGACGACACAAAACAAGAGCGGAAGAUUAGCUUGGAAGGUAAAACUCCCCUGAAGCCUCUGUACCUCGAUGAAUGGAAUGUUCGCCGUAGUGAACGUAUUUUCCUUAGUGACCCUAGUCCACAAACUAGUCCAAAUGCCAUUUCUCCUGGUGUUAAAGCCAAACAGGAAGUAGCUAAACCUGAGAAAGAGAAGAAGCCAAAACAAGAAAAACAGAAGAAAUCCCAGUCGUUUAGUAUGUCUCAAAAGGUGAAAAAGAAAUACUCGACUGGUUUCAACCAAACUAAGGCAAGGGAGAAAACUACAGAAUUACUAAAGGCAACACGUGAUCGUCUGACACAGAAACGACAGGAGAAGAAGAUGAUGCUAAAAACAUCAACCUUUAAUAAUGAUGACAGUGAUAGUGAUGAUAUCCCACUUAGUCUGUUCAAACCUAAACCGAAUAUUAAUGUCGAGUCGUUACGAUGUACGUUAACUACAGAUGAACUAUGUGAUGGUAUUAGAAUACUUGUGUUUAUGGACGGUCUGUUUCACGAAGGCGAGCUGAAGGCCAUUCGCCCACCAGAUAUAUACGGAGCUAUACUUGACAAUGAGAGGAAGACCAGGCCUCAUUAUUACUCACAAGAAGAAAUACUGAAAGAAGCUAUUAAAGACACUAAACCAUUAAGUGGGGACCAGCUAAAAGAAGGAACAAGAAUUUGUGCUUACUGGAGCCAACAGUUCAGUUGUCUUUACCCGGGAACUAUUUCUAGAGGGAGCCCGAAUCCUGUUACGGAUAGACGUUUAUAUAAUGUUGAAUUUGAUGAUGGCGAUACUGGAAAAAUUCCGCUUGACCAUAUCCGAAUCAUUCCGCAAGACUUCCCUCAUGUCGAAUAUGAUCCAAAUCCACUCUUACUGCUAACUGCUCGUCGGAGGACAAUGUCCACAUCAGAGAGUGUUAGCAGUGAGCCAAAGAAAUCUACAUCUGAGUCAACAAAAGAAUCCAAGGUAAAACGAGGCCCUGGAAGGCCACCGAAAGCGGAAAGACUGAUGUCUAGUGAAUCAGUAGGUGACGAAGAUGUGUUUCUCAAUGAUACACAGAAAGACACUGACAAGAAGACUAAAACCGGGCAUAAGAAUAGUACGGAUGAAAAGAAAACACAGGAUCGGCAGGUUACACUUUUCCGACCACGUGGUUUGUGGGAGUGGUCUGGAAGCUGCACGAAACGCCCUGGUAUGAAAGGCAAAGCAAAGAAAGAGUAUUAUAAAACCGUUACUCGUGGUAGAGAAAGUAUAUCGGUGGGGGAGAGCGCCGUGUUUCUCUCUACAGGGCGGCCAAAUUUGCCGUACGUUGGACGUAUUGAAAGUUUCUGGGAGGGAUGGGGUGGUCAGAUGGUAGUUAAAGUUAAAUGGUUCUACCACCCUGAGGAAACAAAGGGAGGUAAAAGGCUACAAAACAUGAAGGGCGCACUUUUCCGGUCCGAUCAUGAAGAUGAAAAUGAUGUGCAAACCAUUUCGCAUAAAUGUGAAGUUAUUUCUUAUGCCGAGUACAGGCGUCGCAUUGACGUCAUUUCACACGAGGACACAGAUGACGUAUAUUAUCUCGCGGGAUCUUACGAACCGACGAUUGGUCAUAUUAAGUUUGAAGCUGGAGUUGUUUGAUUGUACAGAGAAUUUGAGAAUGAUAAUUGAAUCACGUGACAUGUAUGUCACUAUCUUCAAGAAAAGGGUUGAGUUAGAAAUCAUCUUUGAGACUCCACCAGUUGAGAAGAGAACUAUUAAUUCGCCGGCGUGUUAUCUUGUUACACAUGUCUCUAGUUAUAAGUCUCAUAUUCUAAAAUGAAGAUGCAGUGGAUUGCAUAAACUUGUAUCAUAUGUACUGUUAUUAUACAAUUAUGAACCACGUUUUACGUCUUGGUAGGAGGCAGGUCUAAUAAACUGCGUCAAUCAAUAUAAGAUUUUGAUUGGCGGGGCAGAUUUGCUUCUUGAAACCUGUAGUGUUGUUUUAUAUAUUUGCCAUACAUAAAUACGAAAGCCAUUGGUAUUGAUGCAUAUGUUAUUUUUCCAAAUGUUGUACUUCAGUGCUAUUCAAUAUUUGUUAGAGAUGUAAAUAGGUUGUUGUUGAGGAUGAAUAUCGUUUUUAGAGCACAAUUUGUCAAUGUAAAUAAGUGUAAAUAACAGAUCUCAAAGGUCAAAUUUAUUUUCUGUGAAUUCCAAGUCUUUCAGUCUGUCUCUCCAUAAUUAAUUUUGUUUCUGUGUGGCACUGAAUAGUAAAGAUAUAUUUGAUUUCAAGAAAUCCAACGUGAUUUUCUGAUGGCUAAACAAAACAAAACAAGUUUGAGCAAGUGAAUGUUAAAAUAGUAUAAAAGUAUAAAAUAUACAAACUUUACGUUUAUCUUGAUGAACUUGAAUAUAAUUAACUUAAAUAUUUUUAGAGGGAAAUAUCUAGAUUUUUUAACAUAUAAAUAAUUAUGAAAUUAGCACCUUCAUUUGUUUUGUAUUUAUGAAAGAAAUUGUAUUGUGUCGAUAUAGUACAGCCAAUGAAUAACACAUAAGUCAUGUUUUCAAGACAUACUUGGAAAUAUUUCAUGAGGUCGUUUUUGGAACAUAUGUCUUGAUAUAAACAAUCAAAUUACAAAUAAAGUAAAUAGCACUUACUUUGCGGCAUACAGCCUGUCGGCGACGUAGCAUAGCAAACUUGAUGGAUUUCUUCCCUUUUGGCACUGCCGUUUCUAUUUUAUGUCAUUUUCAAGUUUCUGGGGAUCUCAGAGGGAUUUUCUUGACUGUUUGUGUUCAUUCCAGUUAAUGUUUAUUUAGUGAACUCUACUUUUUUGUGCACCUCACGGUACAUGUGUGAUAGCAAAGAGGGUUGAGGUGCUUUUUAAAUGAGGUGGCUUGUAGCAGUUAGAUACAUAAGACUUUUUUACGUAAGUCUAAUUAAAGUGAUAUUGUCUAACCAUAUUUUUCACUACCACAGUACAUUGGCUUUGUGAGCUUUUGUAUAUUCGAGCAGUGCAGAAAAACUGUCAUUUAUGACGGUACUAGCAAAUUGCAUAAAACCCAUCUAACAGUUUCAAAUGCAUUGAUCAGACGUGAAACGAUCACAAUGCAUGCAACCUUUUACAUGUGUUCGCUUAAACAUGAUGUGUGUUAGAAAACGGUACAAAACGGUACAAAAUUUUAACAUUACUAUACUUCCAACUAAUUUCAGAGGGAUAAUAGAAUGUAAAUUAUGCUCACCAUUAUCAAUAUGAGAUACUAUUACUUUCCUUAGUCUAAUUUCAGAGAAAUUAUAAGACAUAUAUGCUUUGCGAUAGUCGCGUAAGCAAUAAUGGCUUAGAAUGCUUCAGGUGUUGAAUGAUAUGUAUGAAGCUUUGACAAUUAUGCUAAUAUAAUCUACGAAUUCUUGUGACGAAUGCCUUAAGAACGUAGAGUUAAAAUUAAAAUAUAUUUAAAGAGCCAUAACUGCCUCUGAGAUAAUGUACGGAUCAUUGAACAUUCUUGACAGGAAAUAAAAAAACAACAACAUAUUAACCUUUAGCCUGCUGGUGGCAAGUGAUUUUACCUUUGUGACCAGUGCAUACCAAGAUCAACCUGCAAGUCCAUGCAGGCUGAUCAUGGUCUGCACUGUUCGCUAUUCAGUCUGUAAAUUUUCAGUGAACGCCCCUUCGAAUAAUAAAUGGUACUAGCCCAAAUUGAACGAAGGACCAGUCCAUUUUAGAAAUAUAGCAGGGUAAAGGUUAAAAGAAGUUGUUAGGAAUUAAGUAUUGUAAACAUCAAACAACUACAGGCGUAUAAGCAUAUGUACGAAGAAUAUUUGUUAUGAAAUUGAACACGUGCCUUAUGCAUGUUAUGUGUACCAGUUUGUUCUCUUUCUGUAUGCUGAUAGGCCGAUUUCAGUGUUAUUAUGUUUCUGCUUGUUUGAAAUAAGUGCAUUUUAUGUUUUGUGGGGUUUUUAUGUCUUAAAAUGACUUUGGGUAAUUAAGGAUUUGUAAUAAUGCUGGAAUAUCCAGACACUCUCUUUUCUAGAUUCCCAAUAAUGCUUAUAUAGUGUGUAGUGAUAUACAAUGAGCUACAAAUAAGGAAAAUCAGAAAAUAUUAUUUGGGGAAAAUUCACGAUUAUUGUUUUUUUAACAAAUAUUUCAUAAGUAUAUGCUUAAACAUCUAAAAAAAUUGAUAUGCGUUUAAUUCUAACGUACUCGUAUUAUUUCUGGUCAUAUAACUUGUUGCUGAGUCUAGUUUUUUCACAAACAUUUCGCCAUCUUUAUUUAAUGUUUUCUUAAGAAAUACUGAUGUUUCAUUGUCUACAAAUGUAGACUUCCAUAUAUGUAAGACAGAGAAGUACAACGUUUACUUUGAACGUGGUAUUUAGUAGCCAUUAGAGUAGUUUUUAAAUUAAUUAUACUCAAAUAACAAAAUGUCAAGGACUGUCGGGCGAUAAGAGGGAAGUUUUUAUUCGAUUUGCUAAAACAUUAGGGAGAAUUCUUAAAUUUAUGUUUUGUUUAGAGAUUUCUGUUUGCAUGUACAUGUACUUUAUACGAGACCGUUAUGAAUGUGAUAUUAUUCUAAGUGCUUUGUUGUUUGUUUGAGAAGUUUUCUUUUAUUUUCUGUAUAUUUUACGUUUGUUAUUUCUUUUACUUUAUUUUCGCAAGCGGUUCCUGUGCUUUAAAAACAAUAGAACAUAUUGCCAACAACGUCGCUUACAUGUAUCAAAAACUUGACUAGCAAAUUAUCAUUUUACAUUUUUAUUUUGGAAAGCAUUUGUUGAUAGUGUUCAUACAUUUUAUGAUAAUAUUGUUAUGUGAUUUUAAAAACUGUUAUGUGAUGAAUAAAAAUGAAACUUGUGAAUAAAGUUUCUAAAAUAGC